AGUAACGUGUUGGUACUAAAAUGUCUUCGAAUGAAAACGGUUGUGUUACUGACAAAAAAGAAUCCAUUCCAACGGAAUCACGACCGUUUGGUUUGGAUGAUAUUUUGGUAAAAAUUGGAGAGUUUGGAAAGUUUCAAUUUCGAUUUGUUGUGGUUAUAAUAUUUUUAAUUGCAUUUCAUACCAUUGUAAAAUAUGGAUUUAUUUUUACUGCAAGUACAGUAGUUUAUAGGUGUCGGGUACCAGAAUGUGACGGAACAGAAAAUUUCUACCAACAACCAUGGACUGACUUUACAAUACCAAAAACUGCUAGUGGUCAGCUCGAGAAGUGUCAAAGAUUCAAGACAUUCAAUUCAACCAAUACCAGUUCAGAGAAUGUCUGUUAUGCAACAAACUAUGAUCAAGAAUCAAGAACAGGUUGUGGCACUGAUUUUAUAUUCCGUGAUAAGGAAGUCACCAUUGCACAUGACUUUAAAGUAUUUUGUUCGGACGAAUGGAAACUUGCGAUCGUUGGCUCGACCAAUAAUUUGGGACAAGUUAUUGGAAUACCUUUGGGCGGAUAUAUUUCGGACAGGUAUGGUCGUAGUAAAGUCUUGGCAUGUGCUGCUCUCGCCAGUGCCAUCAUCGGAGUCGUCCGAUCUUUCUCAAUAAAUUUGUAUAUGUUCGCUUUUCUCGGAUGUUUGGACAACGUAUUCGGAUCAACUAUCUACGGAACGGCAUUCGUUCUGGCCAUGGAAUUUAUCGGUCCGAAUGUCCGAUCAUAUACUGGUACCUUGUUACCUAUGUUUGGAGGAAUAUCACGCUUUCUCCUAGGCCUGGCUGCUAAAAACUUCCUCAAUUGGCGUUUGAUUGAGAGGAUUUUGUACAUUCCAGCCUUAGGAUUUAUAGCACUGCCUUGGAUACUUCCCGAAAGCGUUCGAUGGCUGUUGUCCCAUGAGAAAGAAGAGGAAGCUACGAAAAUUCUUCGAAGAGCUGCGAAGAUCAACAAACGCAAACUUUCCGAUGCCAGUAUUGAAAAAUUACUUCAAGCCAAUAGGAAAACCAUAUCAGGUGUCGAAACGAAUAAGUCUCAACUUGUCGAAGCAUUCAAAGUAUUUCCCUGGCGAAUAAUGAACUGUUCGUUUUGUUGGUUCUCAACUAUUUUCAUUUUUAUGGGAUUGAGCUUGAAUUUGUCACUGCUUGGCCGAAACCGAUACAACAGUUUUAUGUACUUGGGUUUGAUUGAAAUCCCAGGAACUUUGUUGCCACCGAUGACGAUAAAUCGUUUCGGAAGAAAGUAUUCGUUAUGUGGAUUUAUGUUUUUGACAGGAAUUUUUAUUACUGCAAUGACGUUUGUUCCUUCUGAUUCUGGUACAACACGAUUGGUGUUGUAUCUUCUUGGGAAGAUGUUCAUCACUGGAGUAUUUCAAAUAAUUUACAUUUUCACAUCGGAAGUAUUUCCAACUAGCGCUCGAAAUUCUUUAUUAGCGUUUUGUUCGAUGUUUGGACGAUUUGGAUCGAUGAUAGCUCCACAAACUCCACUAAUGGCAAAAUAUUAUGCAUCAGCACCGGGAAUUCUUUUUGCAAGCAGUGCUUUUCUGUCGGGUUCGUUGGUCCUAUUCCUUCCCGAAACAAACAACGUUGUGUUGCCAACAACGCUUAAGGAUGCUGAAAAUAUUGGACAAAAAGAGAUCAAAAUUCAACCUGAUACAGAAACAGAAGCACAAGAAACGCUAUUGACGUCAAAAGCUGAGAAAUAGUUAACAACGAUAAAAAAAAUGUAUUAGUGGAAAAAUACAAAUUUUAAAUAUUUAAGUAAGCAAGCUUAAAAGUAGUAAGAUUUGUCAUCGCUCAUCUCAAAAAAAGUGAUUUGAUAUAUUAGUCUUUCUACUGAAACAUUAUCUUAUGUAUUUAUAUGUAUUUACUAUUUAUAUAAGAAACAUUCCAAAUUAAAUUACAGAAAAGAUAAAAGAUAAGUGAAAAUAUACAAAAAUAACUGACUAACAACCUUAAGGUGUUUCUACACUUAAACUUUGUUCAUAAAAUAGUGAGUAAAUGAUUGUGAGUUAAUAAAUAAAUUAGUAAAUAACGUGUUGCAAUAAAAUAAAUAAAUAGGAAAAAUUUACAAUUAAAUUAUUUUCGUAACGUAAAUAAAUUGUUUUGAAUUUACAGUA